AUGCGAAAGGGGGGAGAGGAAGGAAACGGACGCAAGAAGGGGAGGAGAAGAGGGAGAGAAGGGGGGGGGAGGGCAGCAAAAGGGACAACGAGCGCGAAAGGCAGGGGCAAAGGCGGGGGGGACAGGGGAGCGGCCCAAAACAGUCGGGCCGCAAGCGGCUCAGGCGGCAGAAACCGCGGAGGGCGAAAAGCAAAGGCAGGGCACAGCGCGGGGGCGAAGAAAGGAAGCACCAGUAUGGGUGCAGCAAGCGCGCAAGAGGGAGGCGUCGGAGAGCCCUCUGAAGGGGGAAAGGCCACGACAGGGGCGCCAACGGGAGUAGGAAGCCCCCACAAGACGGACGGAAGAAAGCGUGGGAGGGGAGGCGGCCAGAGGGGCGGGAGCGCAGGCGAGGAGACAACUGGCUGGGGAACACUGGAGAGGGUAGCGAGGGCCGUUGAGAAACGGCCGGGCCAGAACCAGAAGACAGGGCGGGAGUAA